AUGGAAAUCCAAUACACCUACACCCACACCUGUCAUCACAUUGCCUAUGGCCCCAUCCUCUCCAACCCCCUCAUCUACCUCCCCCUCCUCUCCCAUGCGCGUCCCCACACGCAUCCAUACCAAGCACAACCUCACCCUUACCCUCCCCUCCAAGCCCUUCAUCUCUCUCUCUCCUUCCCCUGUCCCUUCUGCGCUACUCCACAUCUCCAUCGAAGAGUCCCGGCUAGUCAGGGUCUCCUUGUCAUCUUAGAUAAUUAUUUAUCAGAGCAUAAUGAUAAUCAAAACCAAGAAUCGACAUCGAUAUCAAGACCAAGUCAUCCAUUCCAUCCCAUGCAGAACCCACCACAUACCAGCACUCACACCCAGUCUCACCCUUACCCUCCCGAAUCUAACAACAUCCACCAAACACAAACACACGCUAUCCCCAUCAACAAUAACAACAACAACAACAACAACAACAACAACAACAACAACAACAACAACAACAACAACAACAACAACAACAACAACAACAACAACAACAACAACAACAACAACAACAACAACAACAACAACAACAACAUCAACAUCAACUGGCAAAUCCUCCGCAUCUGCAACGUAGAACAAAUAACGCAUUCCGAAUGGGCACGUGGCUAUGAUAAUGACUCCGAACACAAACACAAACCCGAACCAAAACCCGAAACUGAACCAGAACCAGAACUAGAAUCCGAAACCGAAACCGAUACACAGAAAACCCCCCCAAAACCCUCAUACAAAAUGGCAGUCAAAACCCAACCCCACCACAGCCACAUAAGCACACAAAACCAACAACAAUUUCAAUUUCAAUCUCAAUGGCGACACAAGGCCUGGAUACCGCGGCCGGUUGGGGAUGUAACUGUUUUUUCUAGUUCAGAUCCACAUCCACACCCUCAUCCCCAAUUCCAUCCCCAAUUCCAUCCAUAUCCUUACCCAUACCCACAUCCUCAACCCCAAAUACAAAUACAAACCCAAAUAACCCACCGCUGGCGCGGAAACACCGGCCAAGAUACGACUGGCUUCGGGAUACGAGGAAGGGUAUUGGCUGCUAGUAGGUUACCGGGGAUGUUCUCUGAGAUUGGUGCAUUUUUGAGGAGGUGGGAGGGGGGAUAG